ACGGAGAAAAACGCUUCAACUUUGCUUUUGUAUAUGUUUUCACUGGCGAAUCCUUUAAUUUAGCGCUAUUUCAAGUUAGAUUAUAAUUUUACAGCCAGAUUUAUUAGACAAACGUCUUGAUAACUUAGGGAGGAUCCGAGAUAAGCAGCAUGAAAGUGAAAAUUCUCGUUCUAUUUUUCAUCAUGAAUGCUUCCACCGGAAUGUCAGCUCCAGCUGUUUGCAGCACACCUGCCUGCGCAAAGAAAGGAGCGGACAUCAAAGAAAACAUGGACACAAGCGCCGACCCCUGCGACAACUUCUUCCAAUUCGCCUGCGGUGGGUGGACGUCGAGGCAGGAAGUGCCCGAGUACGGCACAGUGUAUGGCCAAUUUCAAGCGCUGGACCAAGUGGUGAAGUACAACAUUUCAAGUGCUCUGUCGCUAUCCUACGAACAGUCCAGCGGGCUCCAACGUUUCUUAUACAAAGCUCACUCUGCCUGCAUGCUAGGUGGCAACGACGAGGACAGAGACGACGAGGAGGCUUGGAACGAGGUCAUUCACAACAUCGGUGUCGAGGAGUGGCCCGACGGUCCGGGUGACGUAAUCAUCCCGCUGUGGAGUCAGCUGCUCGGCGACCUGAUGGUCACCUUCAACCAUAAGCCCAUCGUCUACGUCGAAGUGAAGCGGAACCACGACACGAACAAGAACAUCAUACACGUGCGGUCUGGCUCGCUGCCUGUGAACCGAGAAUACCUGCGCACAACUCAUUACAAGGAGUACAUACGCGAGGUCAUAAAACGGAUCAACACGACCUCCUUAAAUGCUACACAGCUGGCCUCCACUGUCGAUGAUAUGGUGCAGUUUGAAAUGACCUUGGCCGAGAUAUUUUCCAAGGAGAGCAGCGAAUCUGAUCCAAGCAUUACCAGCGUCAGUGAGCUCCAGAGUGACGUCGAUUUGAGACGAUCUAUGGUUAACGUCUACCAGAUAUUGAAUAACAUAUUCAGCGCGGCCAACGUUACCGUGGACAUCAACGAUACGGUGCUCUUGUCAGAACCGGCCAAGGUACGGCUACUUCUCAAGGCCUGCGGUGAAUGGGAAAAGCACAUCGUUUCGAAUGUCCUCGUCUGGCACGCAUUGCAAACGGUGGGAGUUGAAGUGAUACCCAGCGUGCGCGAGCUCAACGCCGCCUUCAAGAGCAAAGUUCGGAGCGUGACGCAGACCGUCCUGCCGCAGACCCUGCAGUGCAACGCCGCCCUGGCCAAAGUGGCGCCGGCGGCAUACAGCCGCUUCUACGUCGACAAGUUCUUUGACAAGACGAGCGUGCCCAUCGUCCAGGAAAUGGUAAACUUUCAGCAGAGCAUAUUUCGCAAGGAACUGCAAAGCAGCGACUGGAUGGACGACAAAACGAAAGCGGCAGCUUUAUCGAAACUUGCCAAGAUGUCUUCUGUGGUUGGUUAUCCCCAGUGGAUUAUGAACGAAACGAAGAUUUCUUUGGAGGCACCAAGCUCCGAUGACGUCGGUGGAGAGCGUUUCGUGUACUACUACGUUGCAUUUGCACGGCGAAUCAAGGUCAGCAAGCUGCGCUCCUUGCGUCAGGAGGAGGACCCGGCGGAGGGCGAAGCAUUCAACGCUGCCAUGGUGAACGCCUUCUACAAGUGGACGGAAAACAAAAUCUAUAUCCCGGCAGGCAUCAUGCAACAGCCCUUCUUUGACCCCGGACUACCCAAGUACAUAAAUUAUGCCAUCCUCGGCUACAUAGUAUUUCAUGAGAUUACUCAUGGAUUCGACAGUCAAGGGAGGCUGUAUGACGAGAAGGGCAGAAAACUGGACUGGUGGACUGCGAAUACGGCACAAGUAUUUCGCGACAAAGCCCAGUGCUUCGUGAACCAGUACGGGAACAUCACAGACGCCGAAACUCAGAUGAAGCUGCCGUCUUCUCACACGCUGGGCGAGGACAUCUCCGACAACGCGUCCGGCCGUCAAAGUUACUUGGCAUUCCAAGCGCUGAUGCAGCAGGAGAAGGAUUCGAUGCAAUUGCUUCCCGGUCUUGAGUCCUACACUUUCGAGCAACUUCACUUCAUCGGUGCUGCCCAGCCAUGGUGCAAGAAAUAUGACCUGGCUAAGAAGAAAUUCGUGAUUGAAGAGGACGUUCACUCCAUCUCUGAGCAGAGGGUCAACGUGGCUUUGGGAAACACGCCCCAGUUUGUAUCCGCCUUCAAGUGCCCGCCAGGAAGCAAGAUGAACUUCGCGAAGACGUGCAGGGUGUGGUGAAAGGAGCGUCCCUUCUCUAUACGUAUCUCCCAGGCGUCACGUAUACCAAGACUACCUGCUGCCGCGUCUUCUAUCCGCGGUCCGCUAAGACGCGAAAAACAUCAAACGUGUACAAUAAAGAUCACU